AUGGACUCCAACUGGAAAUACGCCAGCAGUGAUGUCGGAGCCGACCACCGGAAAAAGGCCACUACGCAACAAGUUCAGUACAACUGUGACCAUGUGGGAUGCGAGUCGACUUUUCGGUGUCAUUUCAACCUCGUCAGACACAAACAGUCAAUACAUGGCUCUAAAAAAGGGUGCCCUUAUGAGGGCUGUAAUUAUUCUUCUGGCAGGAUGGAUAAAAUGAAAGAGCACACCAAGAGGAUGCACAGCUUCGCGAAACCGGAAAACCCGACGAUACCACUUCUCGUGGCUGAUGAGCCUCGUGCUACACCGACAUCAUUUGACACAAGACAUUAUGGCAUUAACUCCCAAUACAAUCUUAUGUCUCGGGAGAAUGCUUUCAUCGACGAAACUCCGUAUAUUCAGCAACAACAAAUGUAUUCAGCUUCUGGAAGCUCCAGCUCGGAAGUAGCUUGGAAUCAAAACCAUCCUUCAUUCUUCGAUGAAGUCGUGUACAACGAUGUUACAGGCAAUACUCUGUCAACCUCGAACAACACAUCGAGCAUGAGUAUUUCUGGCCCAUCAACAAAUCCAAACUCCAUGACUUCACAUUCACGCAGUCGUGACAUGGAAGGAUUGAGUGACUGGACGGGUGAGGGGCAAUAUGAAGAUGAACAGUACGACUAUAAAGAUAACGUGAAGGUUGAAGACAGUGGAAGAAACUACGCCACCCAUAGAUAUGAGUACGCCAAUAGCAGCACGUAUGCCUAUCAACAGGCGUAUAUUGGACAACAGCAGUACACGAAUUCUGGAAACGGCAGCACUUGGCCCUGA